AUGGGAUACAUUUCCACCUCACGACCAUCGGUCGAAGUAGGAGGCGCAAUAGCAGCCGCCUAUCUGCUCUACCUAGUCGGUCUCGUCGUGUACCGCUUAUACUAUAGCCCACUGGCUAAAUUUCCAGGCCCAAAACUAGCUGCAGCUUCCAAAUGGUACGAAUUCUACUAUGAUGUUGUCAAGAGGGGGCAAUUCACAUUUCAGAUCCAGCGCAUGCAUAAGAAAUAUGGUCCCAUUGUUCGCAUAAACCCGUUCGAAGUCCAUAUCCAAGACAGUCGGUACUGGGAUGAGUUGUAUACCGGCCACAAGGAAUAUGAACGAUAUGCGUGGAUGUCCGGUAGAUUCGGGGCCAAUACGGCCACAUCCUCAACCGUAUCGAGUCAUCUCCAUUACAUCCGCCGAGCACCCUUGGAUCCCAUGUUCUCCAAGAGAAGCAUCACCAAAUUCGAGCCGAUUGUGCACGAGAUGCUGGAGAAAUUGAGUAAAGGGAUCGCGGCGUAUAAAGAUAGCGGACGGAUUCUCGCGUUCAACGAUGCGUUUAAUUCGUUGCGGGAGAUUUUUCACGCUGCGUACGAGGCGGUUCGAAAGUUUGCACAUUUUGGGCUGCAGUUUCCUAGUGUUUUUAUCGUACUGGGGCUAAGUCCUAGAGCAUUGUUAAAAACGGUGGCGCCGAAUAUGUUCAAAAUGUUUGUGUUGCAAAAGGAUCUGCAAGAUAGAAUCGCCAACAUUAUCCACAACGAAAAGGUCAACUCCGACGGGAAUACGACCAUCUUCGACGCACUACUCAAAAGCAACCUCCCACCUCCUGAAAAAACGAUGAUAGGAGCUGGGGUCGAGACUGUAGCUUGGGCAUUAACCACCACCGUUUUCCAUCUUCUUGACAACUCAAAGCAUUGCCAAAGACUGCGUAGCGAGCUUCAAGAAGCCAUACCGAACCCGGCGAUUUUACCGAAGUCGGUGGUCCUAGAAAAGUUACCAUAUCUCGCCGCGUGCGUGAAGGAAGGAAUACGGUUAUCUACUGGUGUAUCUGUUCGUCUUCCGCGUGUCUCGCCAGAGAAGCCUAUUCAGUACGGAGACUGGGUAAUCCCGCCUGGAACGCCGGUGUCAAUGACUACGCUGGAUGUUCUCCGUGAUGAAAAAGUGUUUCCAGAUGCCUCCUCAUUUAUUCCUGAGCGAUGGCUCGAUGGCGCAAAGACCGAAGAAGGAGAGAGCUUGAGUCGGUACUUUGUCCCUUUUGGCAAAGGUCCUCGAAUGUGUAUUGGAGUCAAUUUGGCAUACAUUGAACUCCAUUUAACUCUGGCUAUGCUUUUUCGACGUUUUGAAUUUGAGCUUUAUGAGACUGAUAUCACUGACGUUGAGUUGGCUCAUGACUUCAUGGUGCCCCAGCCAAAAUUGGACACAAAAGGAAUGCGGGUAAGAGUUACAGGGUUGAUUGACUGGUAAUGAAAGCUAGUUCGAUAUAAAGCAGCCAUCCGGGU